AUGUGUGCCCUUCAGGCAGAUUCUAUAAUGUUAUUUAAGCUGCCUUUAGAGCUCUUGCUGCGAGUUUCUCAACAACUAGCCUUUGACGAUAUAUUUUACUUCGCUACCUGCUCUCGCCAGGCGCAGUCUGUAGCUCACCAACUGAUGUGGCAUAAAUACGGCAUCGACCUCACUAAGCCAAGACUCAACUCUUAUAGUCACCUCGUACAUUCCGCAGUCGCCUUUCUCCAUCGACACGCUACAACCUCCAGUAACAUACAAACCAACUCACCAACCCUUCAAGGCGUAGCCAAUCGUCUAGCAGUCGAAAUAUAUGAUCGCUCACCAUCUAGAAACUGGGAGCCAUGUUUAGAUUAUUAUCUCGACAAAACAUUUUUUAUUCUUCUUGACCAUGUUCUGCGCGACCCCGCCCUCGACCCCCUCCCCGAGGACAUUGUACCAAAACCACCGAAGACCGAGUACUGUCCAACCCACAUGGGUCGCCUGAUGACCAAUUUCCUCGCCACUCUCUACCCCACCCUCACAGCCAUGUUUGAGACCAACCCCGUCGACGCUAUACAUCAUCGUCUCCUCAUAACUCAUCUUAAUCGUCAUCUAGACUCCCUAACACAGCGCCUCAACUCAUACCAUCGCAACAGCUUUCAAAUAAAAUUACCCAUAUCAACCGCUCGUCUCCGCUCUUUACGGAUUCUUAACCAAUCGUUACGCCGAGGAUUCAGAGUAUUAGUACGCUUCAUCGGCACUCUCGCACAGACCGAUCUCCUAAGUCCUGCCGAUCUUCAUGUCCUUACACAGCAACGCAUCCUCACCUUCUUUCUUGUACAUCGACCAUCAUCAACCACAAAUGAAUGUCCGUGGCAUCAACCGAUUGAGGAAAUCGAAUUUAAAAUGACCGUUAUGACAGAUCUUAUUCAAGCCAUGUCAUGUCGACAAUCUUCUCGCUGUGACUCUGGAAAAGAACUACAAAGAUUUAUCAGUCUACUCACAGAAUCCAUCAGUUCUCUCGUCGAUCCAAAAACUAUCACCCUUCCAUCAACCCCAUUUAUUUAA